AUGAUAAUAAAAAAAUUAGCUUUGCGUGCAUUUAUCUUAUUCAUAACUGCAGUCUAUUGCUAUGCUGAAGUCAUAGGACUCAACAGAGACUUAGCGUCAUCCUCCAGCUCUUCUGAUUGAAGAACCUGCAUCAGUAAUAGUGCACAAAAAUGGUGCACUACUACUAGCACAGAGCAUAUUACUGGAGAUACAACUGGGUAUUGUGCUAGCAAUAGUGGCUUUGUUUGCUCCGACUCAAGCAAUAUUGAGAGUAAUGGAGGCCUUAUACUGUGCCCUUCUAAUGUCCAAGUUUGAGGUGUUAAGAGUUACCCAUUAAAUGAUGAUAGUGGAAAAUGGGAACUAAAGAGAACUUCGAUGGCCCCUAAUUCGGUGUGUUCUUAUAGAGUUUACACAAGAAAUGGGUCUAUCAAAAAUAUCAAAGUUAAGGCAGUGUCAUUGGCCAAUAUGAAUGCAACUCUAUUUACAGGAUCUAGAGGCAAGAAUGAGUACAAGUACGUAGCUCGAUUGGCAGUAGACACUGAAGUGAGCGCGACCUAUGAUACUUCCACUGACAUCUACAUUGUUUUUGAGCCUUACACUACAGCCAGCAGUAUCUCCAUACUAGGAGUUAUCCAUCUUCAGACAGGAGAUGGAGGUAAAUCAGAAGCUGUUAUUGUUAUUGUAGUAGUGGUCUGAAUCUGCUGCUGUUGCACUUGCUGCUGAGUUGUAGUGGGGAUUUGCAUUUGGAGAGCAAGGAAGAAGGGAAAGAAUGAUAAGAAGGUAGACAAAGAUAAGCCUAACCCAGAACCAUCUUACGAUAACUCACAAACCAGAAGACAUGUCCAUAAUGAGACCAGACAUCAGUUGGCAAAUAAGAACAAAAACACAAAAUCAUCUGACAAAAAGACUGAGAAGGAUCCUGAAAAAGAAGAAAGUUCCUCCUAUCAUCUUCCCCCGAUUAGGAACAUGUACAACAGACCAGAUAGAUAUAAUGAGAAAUACUAAGAAAUUACAGAGAGAAAUCAAGUUGCCUCAGAUAUAUGGACCAAGUAUCCUGAGUAAACAAACAGAUUUUGCAAAAUUUCAAGUAAUUGUCCC